AUGAAGCCAGAAUGGUGGCCAGGUGAAGAGCACGCGGCUUUCACCGAGUGGGCCUUCUCAAAUGGGGUUGAAACAAACAAUGUCACCCCAGCUCGGUUCCCAGGCCGAGGAUUGGGAAUGAUGGCUACUCAAAAAAUCAAUAAAGGAGACGCAGUCCUCCGAGUUCCAACAAAGCUCAUGAUCAUCGCGGACGGCAUUCCUGCCGCAUUCACCGAGCAAUUCCCAGAGGACAUGGCCGUUCAAGCUCUUCUGGCAGCGUAUCUCACCCACGGAGAUGCAGAAGGUCUGUCAAAACAUGAGACUUGGCGCAAUUCAUGGCCUAGUCGACAGGAUUUCGCAGACAGCAUGCCGAUCCUAUGGCCAACUGUAUUAGGAGGACCGCAAUGGCCCCCAAGUAGCGACAAGAACAAAAAUUCUAUCGACUUGGACAACCCCGGGUUCUGUCCCCCCUCAAUCUCAGGUCGUUGGAAUAGCUUAAAGCCCGGACCGAAGACACGGAAGUAUGAGCUGGAUCACCAGAAUAUCCUUCCAAAACAGGUUGAAAUCUUGAGCAAGGCCUGGUUUGAUGUUAUUUCCGUUUAUCCAGAGACUGAAUGGGAAAAAUUCUCUUAUCACUGGCUUAUUGUGAACACGAGAAGCUUUUAUUGGAUUGGACUGGGACAGGAGACUCCCGAGGAUCCAAAUGAUGCCAUGGGAAUGGUGCCCUUUGCUGAUUACUUUAAUCAUGCUGAUGUUGCUCGAGACGUGAAAUUCGAUGAAAAUGAAUAUGUCUUCUGCGCCACGAAAGACUAUGAGGAGGGUGACGAGGUGUACAUGAAUUACGGCAGUCACCCGAAUGAUACCUUACUGGCAGAAUAUGGGUUCUUACUCGAUGUGAACGAGGCGGACUCAGUUUAUCUCGACGAUAUCGUCUUCCGAGACAUUCAUACACCUGAGCAACAGGAAGAUUUAUGGUUAAACCAGUAUUAUGGCAAUUAUCAAGUCACACAGCACGGACCGUGCUACCGCACUGAGGUAGCUGCGUGCCUCAGUUAUAUGAAGGAGGAGGACUGGCGGAACCAUGUACUCGAAGGCGUGACCCAGGGCCUGGAUGAAGAAAGGUCUGAGGCCACGCUCAAGAGGUGGAUUUUGGCAUAUGCCACUGAGGCACAGGCCACCAUCAUUGCACUGCAAACGGCGAUCGAGAAUGAUCCCGCGGUGCAGGCACAUCGCCAAAAAGCGGAGACGUUGUUGAGACGGUGGGAGCAGAUAAAAACUCUCUGCGAGACUGCUGCCAAAACCGUCUCAACAUAG